GAGCUUCACCUGAUAAUAUUUGGAGCUUGACGUUUUCUGCCUUGAAUUUUGGAGGGUUGAAGAUUUUGCUGAAUUGUAAAGUUCUUUGACUGUACACAGAUUCUAUUAACUGCAUAAUGGAUUGGCUUAGCAGAAUUUUUGAAAGCACUACCCGUGAAGCAUCAGAAAGGCGAUAUAAUGGCAGAUAUGGAGAGAAUACAUCGUCAAUCAGAACUUAUCCCCCUACAUCAUGGGCUUCACAGCCAGAGAUCGAAGAUAUUGACCGGGCAAUUGCAGUAUCACUUGCAGAAGAAGGAAAAGGGAAACAUAUGAUCAAUGAUGAUUCCCAAUUGAAAGAAGAUGAAUAUCUUGCAAGGGCUCUACAAGAAAGUCUGAAAGUUGGGCCUCCACCCCGGAAUAGAAAUGUGAAUCAAAAUGGAAAUGUUCGCCAACCUAUGUCAUUCCCAUAUUCAACAGGAUUUAGGAUAUGUGCUGGUUGCAAUUCCGCAAUUGGUCAUGGACCAAUUUUGAGUUGCAUGGGUGCUGUUUGGCAUCCAAAAUGUUUGAGAUGCCAUGCAUGUAACCUACCGAUUGCUGAAUACGAGUUUUCAAUGUCUGGAAAUUAUGCCUAUCACAAGUCAUGCUACAAGGAACGACGUCAUCCGCGAUGUGAUGUUUGCCAGCACUUUAUUCGAACAAAUGCUGCUGGUUUUAUCGAAUACAAGACACAUCCUUUCUGGGCUCAGAAAUACUGCCCGUUCCAUGAAAGUGAUGGGACUCCUAGGUGUUGUAGCUGUGAACGAAUGGAGCCAAGGGAAACAAGAUAUGCUGCUCUUAAUGAUGGUCGAAAACUGUGCCUGGAGUGUCUUGAUUCAGCAGUCAUGGAUACUACCGAGUGUCAACCCCUCUAUUUUGAUAUACAACAAUUUUAUGAAGGUUUGGAUAUGAAGUUGGAACAGAAGGUACCUUUACUUUUGGUUGAAAGGCAAGCACUUAACGAGGCCAUGAAUGGGGAGAGGAGUGGCCAUUACCACAUGCCCGAGACCAGAGGACUUUGCCUUUCCGAGGAACAAACUGUCAGCACAGUAUUGAGGCAACCAAGAAUUGGGAUAGGAAAUCGGAUCCCAAAUAUGAGAAUAGAGCCAUAUAAACUGACCGGCCACUGCGAAGUUACAGCCAUUCUGAUUUUAUAUGGCCUUCCAAGGUUGCUUACUGGAUCAAUCUUAGCUCAUGAAAUGAUGCAUGCGUGGCUACGGCUUAAAGGCUACCGAACUCUGAGGCAAGAUGUUGAAGAAGGAAUCUGUCAGGUUCUAGCUCACAUGUGGUUAACAUCCCAGAUAGCAUCCAUAUCAUCAAGGCAAGGGAAAAGGUCUCCGUCAGAGAAGAAACUUGCAGAGUUCUUCAAACACCAGAUCGAAUCUGAUCAGUCCCAGGUGUAUGGAAAUGGUUUCAGAGCUGGCAAUCAGGCCGUGCUUAAAUAUGGCCUUCAAAAGACCUUGUACCACAUACGAUUGACAGGGAACUUUCCUUUCUGAAUGAGCCUUGCAAUCGUUUGUUAUAGCGUAGUUUACUCUAUUCAUUAUGAAUGCUUUUUAUGCAAGCAUACCAUGAUUAAUUACAUACUUACAUUCAAGCUAUAUGCCUUUAUAACCGCGCUAUGUA